CGGUAUUUUGUCUUUUUGUUUAAUGUAGGUUUUUUAAAUUGCAGGGCUCAAGGGAAAGUCCCUACCCAGUGGUCCCAACCUGUAGGUUGCAAAAUUAUUUGGGCCUCAGAGCUCUACGUACUCUUGUCAGAUCAUCUUUGGAAAAGAACAAAUCUGUUUAAUCUUCAGGUUAAAUUUAAACCAUGUGAAAUUGCCAAAUGCCGAUGUUACGCUGUUUUUCACUGAAAACAAAAAGAAAACAGUGCAUAGUUUCAGCCUAAUAUGAACGUUCCUUAUAUUGUUGCAUAAACUGAGCUAGGACGUCGGGGAAAAAGUAGGUGCGAGAUUUCCAGAGCAUCGGGAGGAGGGCCGCGGAGGAGAGGGCGUGGUGGAAGGAGGUCCCGGCGCUAGAGGAGACCAGGGACGCCGCCUCCACUCUCCGCCUCAAUUCUGGCCGACGCAAGCUUGGCCACACCCCAUUUUGCAACCGCCGUAAAGUGUGGUGUCGUGGCUCCGCCCCUUCCGGCGCCUCUUGUGAUGCCGGCGCCCUGGGCUUUUUGCGCGGGAAAAGGGAGCCGCCCAGGUGUCUGCUCAGCGUCGCUGGAGUCAGGCUGAUUUCGCUGAGGUAACCGCCCGCUCCGCACCGCUGCGGGCCAUGGGGCUUCUGGAGCUGUGCGAGGAAGUGUUCGGCACCGCCGACCUUUACCAAGUGUUGGGCGUGCGGCGCGAGGCCUCAGACGGCGAGGUCCGACGCGGCUAUCACAAGGUGUCUCUUCAGGUGCACCCGGACCGGGUGGGCGAGGGCGACAAGGAGGACGCCACCCGCCGCUUCCAGAUCCUUGGGAAGGUCUAUUCCGUUCUGAGUGACAAAGAUCAAAGAGCAGUGUACGAUGAGCAGGGAACAGUGGACGAGGAUUCUGACGUGCUCAGCCAAGAUCGGGACUGGGAGGCCUAUUGGAGGUUACUGUUUAAAAAGAUAUCUCUAGAAGACAUUCAAGCUUUUGAGAAGACAUACAAAGGUUCUGAAGAAGAGCUGGCUGAUAUUAAACAGGCCUAUCUGGACUUCAAGGGUGACAUGGAUCAGAUCAUGGAGUCUGUGCUGUGUGUGCAGUACACAGAGGAACCCAGGAUAAGGAACAUUAUUCAACAAGCCAUUGAUGCCAGAGAGGUCCCGUCCUAUAAUGCCUUUGUCAAAGAAGCAAAGCAAAAGAUGAAUGCAAGGAAAAGGAGGGCUCAGGAAGAGGCUAAAGAAGCAGAAAUGAGCAGGAAGGAGUUGGGGCUUGAUGAAGGAGUGGAUAACUUGAAAGCACUCAUUCAGGAACUUCAUUCAUACCAGGACCUGAUUCAAAGUCUUUGGAGCUGAUGCUGUAAUAGAUGAUUCUCUUGGAAACCUUCGAAGGGAGUUGAAUGUACUUUGCCUGUGGGAGCACAUGAAUCACUAAGGGCCAGUGGGAAGACUAGUGGACAAAUUCCAAGGUGCACCCCCCACCCCUCGCCAUGAUUCUCAGCUCUUGAUGUUCACACCUUCGUGUAAACCCCUCCCUUUGAGCAUGGGCAGGACGUGUGACUUGCUUCAGAUCAAAAGAUGAUGGUAAAAGUGAUGGGAUGUCACCGCCAUGAUUAUGUUAUAUAAGUUUCUGUCUUGCUAGCAGAUUAGCUCUCAGUCUUUCUUGCUGGCUUUGGAGAAAUAAGCUGCCACGACUGCUACAGCUACAAGAAACUGGAUGCUUCCAAAAACACACAAAAGGGGAAGUGGAUCCUUUCCUAGUUGAGCCUCUACAUGAGAACCCAGCUUUAGCCAACACCUUGAUUGCAGCCUUGUGAGAUCUUAAGUAAAGGACUAGCUGGCUGUUCCUGGACUUCUGACCUACAAAUCUGUGAGAUAAUAAAUGUGUGUUCCUUGAAGCUGCUAAGUUUGUGAUAAUUUUUGUGCAACAUAGAAAAUCAAUACUAAAUAUACAUUUAACCAUAUAAUCCAACGAUUUCACUUGUAGAAAUCUACCCAAGAGAAAAGGAAAUAUAUGUCAAAAUUCUUGUACACUAGUGUUCGUAACAGCAUUAAUAGUCCAAAAAUGAAAACAAUCCAAAUGUCCAUCAACAGAUAAAUGGAUAAACAAGUUGUGGAACAAUGGAAUACAACUCAACAAUAAAAAGAAUAAAUUAUUGACACACACAGUGACAUGGAUGACUGUCAAAAUGAUCACACUGAGGGAAAGAAGCCGACAAAAGAAGAGUAAAUACUACAUGAUACCAUUUAAGCAGAUAAGUUGUCAUUUGGGGAUGGUGGGUCAGGCAGGGGCAGGAGGGAGGGAUUACAAGGUUAUUAAUUUUGAGAGUAAUGGAUAUGUUCACUAUAUUGAUUGUCUCAUGGUUUCAUGGCUGUAUACAUAGGUCAUCUUAUCAGAUAAUACACUUGAAAUAUGAUUGGUUUAUUGUAUAUCAAUUCUUCAAUAAAGCAGUGUUUUAAAUGUAUUUGCACAUGUUUUUUGUCACAAAUAAUUAUAUUCAAAUAGAAAGCACAAUCUCUAUCUAGUCAUCAUAGAGUAGGCCUUGUUACUCAUCCACUCAUUCCCAGAUACUUUCCAAAUAUCUGUUAGUUUCUAUGAGAAAUACAAAUAUGAUUCUUUUGUACUAAUGAACAUAUAAUUUAAUAGACUGGUUACGGUUUGGAAAGCAUAAGCAAUUAUUUUUUUAUAUU